GUGCUGGGAUUACAGGCUUGAGCCACCGCGCCCGACCGACUAACUGAAUUUUUAAUUCUCUUUUAUUUUAGUCAAUUUAAAUUUACAUAGCGAUAGCUCCAUCCUAUCCUUUCUAAAAGGCUGCUUGGAGUUGCACUGUCACUCUCUUUCAUCUUUGCCUAUCCAACUCGUAUCUCAGUGGUCUUUUAAGGCAAAUUCCUUUAAUUUUAGUGACACACUCAUUUCUACUCGAAAUAUUUGCCUCAUUUUCCAUGAUGGACUAUUUUCUAAAACACCCACAGUGUUUCCUAGAUUCCUAGUGGCAGUUUCCUAAGUGUGCCAAAAUCCCCCAGCCUGUUAGUGUUAUUUGUUAUUUAAGCAAAAUGGUUCAAAUCAUCAUUUGAUACAUGAUGGAAAUCCCAGACCCACUCACCAAAUUUCUAGCAAAUAUUGUGUGUGCCUGUAACGGGGUAGGAGGGCAGGGGAAGGCCUUGUAUUUCUUCUAGUCAUCACAGGCUAGUGGUUUGUGCUUGUAAGGGGAAUGGGAGGGCAGGAGAGGGCCUUGUAUUUCUUCUAGUCAUUACAGGCUAGUGGUUUGUGCUUGUAAGGGGGAAGGGAGGGCAGGAGAGGGCCUUGUAUUUCUUCUAGUCAUUACAGGCUAGUAGUUUUUCUUCCUCAGUCUGGAUUUUACUCCUUGCACAUGAUACCUUUUUCUGCACUGUGCCAUCAUCCACUUCUCUUUACUUCCUAACUACCACUAACUGAAAAUUAUACACAUAAAAGCUUUAAACAUAGGCUCUUGAGGCUCUCAAGGGAGUUUACAUUACAAUAUAGUUUAGCAAACAAUUUAAAUCAAAUAGUACACCUCUUUAUUCUUAGAAUUCCCUCCGUCAAAAAUAAAUCAGCUAUUUUUUUUUUUAAUUCGAGGUCCAACUUUCUGUUGUGUUGCUGGUUCUCUUCUCUCUUUUUCCAACAGCUUCCACUUCUCCCUCUAGUUUACACAUCUCCAAACCUUAAGCCCCUGUUAAUACCUUCACAAUAAAUCAAUUUUGCCAAUGGUUUGCCUCCCCUAGACCAUCUAGGCUGGGCCCAGAAUACCUCAUCUUCGCUCCCACUGAAGUGUUCCCAAAGGUCAGCUCUCACUGACCUUGAUUCUGUUCCCCUACACUGUCACCAGAAGCUAUCCACCAAUGGUUCUAAUUCAGUAAGUCCAACUCUCUCACCCCCAUUUUGUUGUCUAAGCUGUGUGGACUUUCACAGGAUGGCAUUGGAUGGGACCCCUGUGCCAUGCAUAUUGUAAAGGAAAAUGCCUUCCUCCAUGUGCUACGAAAGAGCAUAUUUGUGGUGGCACUUUGAAAAGAUAUGGGCUGUGGUGUCACAUAUUGGCAAUUCCUUGGCCAGAGGCUUAACAGUAUCAGCAGUGCUAGAAGAUUAAGAAGACAGCACAAACAGAAAAGGGAGAAGAUGGUGAAGUAGCUAUAUAGCAUGAGCUAGAACGCUUCUGAUUACAAAGCAGAGAAAUUGACUUUUUUUCUUAGCGUUUUCUACAGUCAUUGCUCUAUCCUUGUUCUAGAAUUCAUAUCGUGAUAAGAAUUUCUUGACGUUGACUUCUUGCAUUGCUUUCAGACAUUGCAAUUAAAGAAUGCAAAGAAAGAAUUUCACAGAAGUAGCAGAGUUUGUUUUCCUGGGAUUCUCCAGAUUCUACAAACAUCAGAUCACUCUCUUUGUGGUUUUUCUCAUCAUGUACACAUUAACCGUGGCUGGCAAUGCCAUCAUCGUGACCAUCAUCCACUUUGACCGUCACCUCCACACUCCCAUGUACUUCUUCCUGAGCACGUUGGCUAGCUCUGAGAGAGUGUACACACUGGUCAUCAUUCCACAGAUGCUCUCGAGCCUGGUAGCCCAGACCCAGCCAAUCUCUCUAGCAGGUUGUACUACCCAACUGUUCUUCUUUGUUACCUUGGCCAUCAACAAUUACUUCUUGCUCACAGUGAUGGGCUAUGACCGCUAUGUGGCCAUCUGCAACUCCCCGAGAUACAUGGUCAUCAUGAGCACGAGGGUGUGUGUCCAGCUGGUGUGUGGAGCCUUUAGCAUUGGGCUGACCAUGGUAGCUGUCCAGGUAACAUCCAUAUUUACCUGACCUUUUGGUCUCAGGGUGGUUGGUCAUUUCUUCUGUGACAUCCUCCCUGCCAUGAAACUCUCCUGUAUUAAUACCACUGUCAAUGAGAUAAUCAAUUUUGUUGUCAGUUUAUUUGUCAUCCUGGUCCCCAUGGGUCUGGUCUUCAUCUCCUAUGUCCUCAUCAUCUCCACUAUCCUCAAGAUUGCCUCAACUGAGGGCUGGAAGAAGACGUUUGUCACCUGUGCUUCCCACCUCACUGUGGUCAUUGUCCAUUAUGGCUGUGCCUCCAUUGCCUACCUCAAGCCCAAGUCAGAAAACUCUACAGAACAAGACCUCCUUCUGUCAGUGACCUACACCAUCAUCGCUCCCCUGCUGAACCCUGUUGUUUACAGCCUAAGGAACAAGGAGGUCAAGGAUGCCCUAUGCAGGGGCAUGGGCAGAAACAUUUCUUAAUGCAUUAUUCCUCUACAUAAAUAAACAUUUAUUCAUAGCAAUGUGUGUCCUCACUUACAUUAAACAACCUUACGACUCUGUCCCAUGCAGUCUAUGCUGCAACGGGAUGUGCAUGUCUUGCUUUAGUAUAUUUAUUACAACAUUUUAGUCUUUGUUUCCAUAUAUUUCGAAGUUUUGUCCGGGCAUUUUCAACCACGGACGUGAGAGGUCAAGGAGAAUGGGCAUGACUUUUAGGAAACAAUAUCCGAAUUUCUAGGAUGAAGAAACAGACUUCUUAAAAGUAUAUUAAAUGUGAUUAUACUGUGUUUAAAAAAUAAAAAGCAACGUGUAUCAUUUUUGUAAUGCAAUCUACGGAAAAUAAAACUACAAAAUCAUCUCAGCAAGGUAAGGAUAGGCAAUAAUGAUGGAUUCCCCUGAAAGAAAAUAGUAUCAGAAUUGUCAGGGAAAAGUGAAAUGAGUGUAUUAAAUUUAAAAAAUAGGAAAGUUGGAAAACACUGGUUUAGUCCUUGAAAAUUUAGUCUUUGUUAUUCAGUUUAUGCUAAAACCUUUGCUUUUAUCCAGUGUAGUCAUCAGAUGCUGGCCACAUGGCCACAGAUCAUACUUAACUCUCACCUUUCUAAUCUAAAUGUCCUAAUUCAGUCCUCUCUGGCUGCUGGUUCUCUCCAUGGGAUCAACUUCUCUCUAAUCAUUAUGAAGAAAAAUUGAGUUGGUCAAGAAGAUCUGUGCCCUGUUAGAAUGAGAACCAUAAAAGCAUUCCUCAUUUGCACAUACCAUGGCACCUCCUGGUAGCAUAAAGAAAUGAAAAUAGAACAAAACAAACAGUCCCAGCAGGCAGGAGUAGUUCAGAAGUAUAAUUGUUAAAUCACUCAAUUCACCAAAAAAGGCUAACAAGAAAAAAAUGUAUUUUUUUCCUUAGUAGACUCCUUUGAGAAAAAUAUCCUUUUUCCCAGGGCUUUGUGGGAGUUUUUUUGGUUUCAUGCCUGUACAUACCUUCUAUAUGAUUAUCUUGGGUGAUGGGUGAUGGUAGGGAGGGUUUAAGACUUUUGUUGAGUGCCUCCUUCUACUAAAAUAUUUUUUGUCAAGAAUACUUUGCUGCUCAUCCCCUAAUGCCAUUUCUCUUUUUUUCUAAAGAGUCAUUUUUUUUCUUUUCCCUCCACUGAGAAGGAGUCGAUAACAUCCCAAGGAGCUCAUCUAGUGUAAAGAAUAUCUUUACAGAUUUCUGAACUCUAGGUUGGGGAGACCAUAGUUCUUUCAAGGUCUAACCAGUUCUUCCUAAUUCCUGUCCUGUGUCUUUGCAAUUUCUACAUCACAGAAAUAAGGCUUCCCACAGAAGCUGUUGGGGACUCAAUGAUUGGGAUCAAGAGUCUUGGACAUGCUAUGAGGUCUUUCUUGAUAGUGCUCUCAGGGUCAGCCCACUACAGAUCUAAACCUCUAUACCCAACAACAGUGUGGCAGCUUCCCUCCAGAAUGAGAGUGUCUCUCCUGGCAGUAUGAAAGAACCCCUCCCACUGCCAUCAAGGCCACCUAUACUGCCAACUCUUAAUUAAAACCUGCCCUUCUCCAUUCCCUCUGGACUAGCAACUACUUGUACAUCCUCAGACCUGUCUUUUUGUGUGUAGAAGGGAAGAGGUAAGACAGAGAGGGCUGCUCUGAGCAGGAAAGUACAAUGAUGGAAGGUGGGUGGUGAUCAAACCUGCUCUAUCCUACUCCGGUGGCAGUGGCCACCUCACACUGCCCAUUACUCCCCUUUCUACUUCUGCACACAGCCAUUCUCCUUCAUUAGUUCAGGAAUCAAAGACAAAGAUUUCUCCAGUAUCCUCUCUACAUCUAAAUGCUGCAAAAGCAGACAUACCACAGGCCACUCGUACAACCGAAAGUUAAAUGCCACAGCGGAGCCCACAAAGAGCUGGCAGAAAAUAUGAGUCAUAAACCUUGAAGGCGAAAUAUCUUUGUCUCUAAUUCUGUUACCCACAGUAGUUCAACUAUGUGUCCAAUUUUUUUAAAACAAACACGUGUGCUUCUAAUUUCUUCUUGAUAAUACGACGUUGUCUUACAUGGUAGAUAGAAUAGAGAUCCCAGAGUCAGAAGUGCUGAAUUCACUUUCUCACUCAGCACCCAUCAGAACCUUUUCGUGAAUAUAAUGUUUUUAAUUCUGCCUCACUUGUUAUCAAAAGCAUUUUUUAAUCCCCUUACCCAUUUGUUUUGCACAGGCUGGUAUCCGGUGACAAAUCCUACUUCACACUGUUUUCUGCAGUAUCAUUUACCUCACUCCCACCCAGGCAGUUAGUUGUUCUUUCUUAAGUGUUCCUAAAGUUAUUUGUGGGAAAUUACAUUAGUCUAACAUUUUUUUCAUUGUGCUUUCCUUGCUAGUUUCUAUCACUGGAUCACAGGAAUAUUGGGAUCAGGAACUGCUUUCCUCAUUAUGAUGCCCCCUGCAUGGAACAGCACUUGGAGAGUAGGUGUUCAGUAAAUCCUCACUUAGUGGUUGAGUACCUACUAUAUACAAGGACCAUGCUUGGACUUUUUGGUGUGUCUUAAUGAACUAGACACAUCUGCUGUCAUUGUUUGUUCAAGCUGCUUUAACAAAAGACCAAAGAGUGGGUAAUUUAUAAACAACAGAAAUUUUGAGCCCACAGUCCUGGCAUCUGGGAAGUUCAUGACCAAGGCACUAACAGGUUUAGUGUUUGGUGAGGGCCCAGUAUCUACUUCCAAGAUGGCACCUUGUUGCUGCAUUUUGCAGAUGGGAUGAAUGCUGCCUCUCACAUGGGAAGCAAUGGAAGGGCAAAAAUGGACCUAUCUAGUUACUCCCAACCCUUUUAUAAGGUCACUAACCCAUUUAUAAGGUUAUAUGGUUUGGAUGUCCCACCCAAAUCUCACAUUGAAAUGUAAUCCCCGGUGUUGGAGGGCCUGGUGGGUGAUGACUGGAUCAUGGGGAUGGGUUUCUCAUGAAUGGUUUAGUACCAUCCUCUUAGCACUGUGCUUGAGAUAGUGAGUUCUCACAAGAUCUGGUACUUUAAAAGCGUAUGGCAUCUCCCACCUCACUCUCUUGCUCCUGCUCCCACCAUGUGAGACACCUGCUUCCCCGUGACCUCCCACCAUGAUUGUAAGCUUCCUGAGGCCUACCCGGAAACAGAUGUCCGUGUUAUGCUUCCUGUACCAUGUGCAGAACCAUGAGCUAAUUAAAUGUGUUUUCUUUAUAAAUUA